UCUCUCUCUCUCUCUCUCUCUCACUAUAGUUGUUCUUAAAAACCAGGACUCCUGGAUAAUCUCUUUCCCUGCUUCAAGCUUUCAACCUGGUUCAUGGAGAUAUGCAGAUAUCUGGAUAGUUGAAGACUUCCAACUGAAGGAAAAGAGGAGACAAAUGGCGGGAAAGAUUGGAUCUAUGAAGCAUAUUUUUGCAGAGAAGAGCAGGGAGAGACUGCUUCUGCAUAAGGGUUAUUCACUUCUUGGGUCAGACUCUGAAGUUGAAGAAACUAGAUGCGGGUGUUUCGGUCGGCUAGGAGAUGCAAUUAUCAAAUUUUGGAACGGUUUGCCACAAAUGUUAAUUAACGCAUGGCAAUUCGGUCGUUCGGAUCCCAGGAAGGUCAUAUUCGGAGCUAAGAUUGGUCUAGCAUUGGUGUUAUUAUCCGUGCUUAUAUUCUUGAAACAAGAACCAUUCAAGUCUCUCAGUCGUUACUCUGUUUGGGCUCUUCUCACUGUUGUCGUCGUCUUUGAGUUCAGCAUAGGAGCAACCCUUAGCAAAGGGCUUAAUCGUGGGUUGGGGACAUUGUCUGCUGGAGGACUUGCUCUGGGCAUGGCAGAGCUGUGUACACUGACUGGAGAGUGGGAAGAAGUUUUCAUUAUUAUCAGUAUUUUUAUUGUAGGAUUCAUUUCAUCCUUUGCGAAACUAUACCCCACGAUGAAGCCAUAUGAAUAUGGGUUUCGGGUGUUCUUGUUGACAUAUUGUUUCAUAAUGGUAUCUGGGUAUAGGACGAAGCAAUUUAUCGAGACAGCAGUAUCUCGCUUCCUGCUUAUUGCCCUUGGUGCCGCUGUUUGUUUGGUUGUAAACAUAUGCAUUUACCCUAUUUGGGCUGGAGAAGAUCUGCACAACUUGGUGGUAAAAAAUUUCCUCGGUGUUGCCACUUCUUUAGAAGGUAUUGUUAAUUCGUACCUGCUAUGUGUUGAAUAUGAGAGGGUUCCUUCAAAAAUUCUUACCUACCAAGCUUUGGAUGAUCCAAUGUACAGUGGCUACAGGUCAGCUGUAGAAUCUACCAGCCAAGAGGAUAGUCUGAUAAGUUUUGCCAUCUGGGAGCCGCCACACGGUCGUUAUAAAAUGUUCAAUUAUCCAUGGAGGGACUAUGUCAAAGUAAGCGGUGCAUUGAGGUAUUGUGCAUUCAUGGUCAUGGCUUUGCAUGGAUGUAUACUGUCAGAAAUACAGGCACCCCCAGAACGAAGAGAAGUCUUUCAUAAGGAGCUGCUGAAAGUAGGUACCGAAGGUGCUAAAUUGUUACGUGAACUUGGCAACAAAGUAAAAAAAAUGGAGAAGUUGAGCCCUGGAGACAUACUGGCAGGGGUACAUGAAGCAGCAGAAGAAUUGCAGAAGAAGAUAGAUCAAAAAUCAUAUCUUCUCGUUAACUCUGAGAGCUGGGAAAUCGGAAAACGACCAACAGAAGACUUGGAAAAUCCUGAGGAUGCUCUCAAUAAUCUAAAUGAUGAGAAAAGGCACCUGGGGUUCAAAUCCCUCAGUGAAACUGUGCUGGAUAUUAGAUCAUUCCCUCAGUCAAAAACCUGGGAUAUUCGAAAUGGUAAAACAAUUGUGAACUCCUCUCUGCCUCCAGGUCCCUCAGACAACAUGUUCAAAUCAUUGCCUUCACGUUUCUCAAUCAAUCCUCAUGGUGUUGUUCUUAUUGAAGAAGAAUCCAAAACAUAUGAAAGCGCAAGUGCCUUGUCUUUGGCAACAUUUGCUUCACUCUUGAUCGAAUUUGUUGCAAGGCUUCAAAAUCUUGUUGAUUCAUUUGAAGAACUUAGUGAGAAAGCAAAAUUUAAGGAACCCAUUGAGGAACCUGCAGCAACAGAGGUAGUUGGGUUUUGGAGAAGAUUGUCUAGAUGCUUCUGGUUCAAGAAUUGAGAUCUGGACACCUCUUGAUUCAAGUAUCAAGAUCAUUAACUCAGUGCCAUAAUGAAGCCCAGACAGAUUACAAGGUUGAUCCAGCCCAUGCUACUAUUACUUAUAAAAAUGGCUAUAGUUGAAUGAAAACGAAAUCCCACUGGGUUAUUUAUUGUUGGCUACCCUGGCUGAUUUGUUACAGCUGGUGUUUCUCAGAAGGACAAGGAGCUCUCCAGUUAUAAUUUCAACGAAAACUGUUGGACUAACAGUGAUGUAACCAAGGGAAUAAAAGUUUUGCCAUCAAAGAAACUAACUGGAUAGAUAUGCAAGAGAAAUUUGCCUUUUUAAGUGCAAAUCUGGAUGAACAGAACAAUAUGAUAUAAUGGUUGAUGAGAUUUUUACAGGAACACUUGGUGAGCCCAGCAAACAGGACAGGAGUUAAGAUGGAACACCCCCCCCCCCUAUUUCGGUCUUGUAUUAAUGAAAUCAGGUCGUAUUGAACCGGCAGCAAGCCAGAAUAAAAUGAAUCAAUGUAUCACUCACUGUUUCUCAACUCUUGUUUAUUUUGAUUGCAGAGAUGUAUGCUAAACAUUUAAACUAAAGAAAGCUAAAAGCCAGAUUAGAAGGUGA